AUGGAGAAAGUGGUUAAUUCUGUACUAGCUAAAUUUGAAGAAGUGGACAUGGAGUUUGAUCACAUGAAAGUCGAAGUGAAGAAAGAGGAAGAAGAUUCGAGAAGCAGGACUGGGGGUUUUGUAUGUCCGACAUGUGGCGAACAAAUUAUCAGUGAAAACUAUUUCAUUGAACAUGUCAGGAAGUUUCAUCAUAAUGCUAAAUCCCCAAAACGGGAAUUGGAGGAUAAAUUUUCGAAAGAAUCUACUGAAGUUUCUAGAAAUGAAAACAAUAACUCUAGAUUUGAAGAUGGUAAUUUUGUUGAACAUGGUUAUGAUAAGUUUAAAAAAGAUGUGAAGACAGAAGAGGGGGAAUCUCAGGAUAACAAUAUGGAGUUUCUUUGUCCUGAUUGUGGUGACACAUGUUUGGGAGAAAGCACAUUUAUUGAACAUAUCAUCAGGGAGCACCAAAUUGACUAUGAUUCUCAAGAAAUAACAAUUAAUAAACCUCUAAGUAAUUCUGAUGCCAACAUAGGCUUAAAUUCAUCCUCUGAGGAUUUAAAUGCUCAUAAAAUUGAGAAAAAAUCUCAUCUCUCCAGUCAUCCAAGACAGCAUACAAAGGAGAAACCGUUCAAAUGUCCUGAUUGUUCAUAUUCAACUGCUCAAAAAUCAUCCCUCAAUGCUCAUCGGAAAACACACACAGGAGAAAAACCGUUUAAAUGUCCGGAUUGUUCUUUUGCAGCUGCCCUAAAAUCAAAACUUAAAAACCAUCUCAAAGCUCACACAGGAGAGAAACCGUUUAAAUGUCCAGAUUGUUCUUAUGCAGCUGCAGUAAAAUCAUCCCUUAAAGAUCAUCUCAAGACUCACACAGGAGUGAGACCGUUCAAAUGUCCGGAUUGUUCUUAUACAGCUGCUCUGAAAUCAAGUCUUAUAACGCACCUCAGAACCCAUACAGGGGAGAAACCGUUCAAAUGUCCGGAUUGUUCUUUUGCAGCUGCUCAAAGAUCAACCCUCAAUGGUCAUCGGAAAGCACACACAGGAGAGAAACCGUUUAAAUGUCCGGAUUGUUCGUAUUCAGCUGCUCGAAAAUCAAACCUUAUAACGCACCUCAGAACCCAUACAGGGGAGAAACCGUUCAAAUGUCCGGAUUGUUCUUUUGCAGCUGCUCAAAGAUCAACCCUCAAUGGUCAUCGGAAAGCACACACAGGAGAGAAACCGUUUAAAUGUCCGGAUUGUUCGUAUUCAGCUGCUCGAAAAUCAAACCUUAAAUACCAUCUCAAGACUCACACAGGUGAAAAACUGUUUAAAUGUCCGGAUUGUUCUUUUGCAGCUGCCCUAAAAUCGAACCUUAAAGAUCAUCUCAAGAGUCACACAGCAGAGAGACCGUUCAAAUGUCCGAAUUGUUCUUAUGCAGCUGUAGUAAAAUCAAAUCUUAUGAAGCACCUCAAAACCCAUACAUGGGAGAAACCGUUUAAAUGUCCAGAUUGUUCUUUUGCAGCUGCCCUAAAAUCGAACCUUAAAGACCAUCUCAAGACUCACACAGGAGAGAAACCGUUCAAAUGUCCGGAUUGUUCAUAUGCUGCUUCUAGAAAACAUAUUCUGAAGGUUCAUCAGAAAACUCACCAAAAUUGAA